AUGACCACCUCAAGCCUACCUGCACCCUUUCUCAAAACCCUCUCCCGACAAUUCCCUUAUGUUUGUCCUCGAUGUCGUCUCCGUGCCCGACUCUCGGGCUCGUCCAAAUCCUCCAAACCGUCUUUCAAGUAUACGACCACUACCACCACUAGACAAUUUGUUACCUCCCGCCCCUGUCGUUCUAUUGAGCCCUCAUUAAACUCACCACCGCCACCGUCACCUCCUCCUCCCCUUUCUUCCAUCAGGAGUCACUUGAAAUCAUGGACCAUUCACAACAAAGACCAAAAAGCCCGGGCAGCCGAGGAUAUCUAUUCAGGCUCCGUGAGCAAAAGGUUGACCACUUUGCCCAAUUCUCUCUUUCAAGAGAAUUCAAGGGUCGACGAUGAAGAUUCGGAAGACUACUCCAAUCAAGAUCCAGAUACGAUCGAGGGCGAUACGGCUGGGUUGCUUAGAUUUAUCAAGCCCGGUGCCCUCCUUUUCGGCCAGAAUUCUGUGAUUGGCAUGCGCGCUCAGUUCGCUGUCUACCUUGGCCAAGAGGGCUAUCAAUCCCAGUUUCUGCUUGCCGAUGGAAGAUAUCUCGUUGAUACCUCAUUCACGCAUGCUUGCCCCAUCAUAAAAGACUUUGCUACAGCGGAAGAAGUCCGAGACGUUCGCCAACAUCUUCCUAAACAUCAACUCGUCAAGCAAAGCACUGUAAUGCCUUUCGAGCUGCCGAGAACAUGGGCUGGCGAGCUUCCUCGCUCUUCUUCGGAUCCUCUCCUCCGCCGCAUCGCCUCUUUGGUAGACGACAUCUCCUCCUACCGUCGUGAUAACAUAACCUUGCUUGAUUCCGUCAUUGACAAAAUCUCUCAUCCCCAACACUACCAAAAACUCGACUGGCAUGACGUUGUCCAUAAGGUCAUGGCGUGCGACUCUUCUGACCUGUCCCCUGUGGCAACUAUGGCCAUUUUCUUUGCCUUAACCAAACAGCCGACUCAUGUCCAAAUCCUGAGAGGAUCCCCCAGGACUGGCACUUUAUGGUUCAUUGUUGUACCCAAGCGCUCAGCCACUCGCUUCCAAAGUGUUCGUGACUGGGGCAGGGAUUAUCAGGAGGCUGCGGCUCGGGCGGCUUUGGGAAAGGACGUGAAAGAUGCACUCGACAGGAACCCUCUGACAUCUUUCAUUGACAAGGCUCGAAGAAUUAUCUUGAAAAGUCGCAAGAUCAGAUCUCCCACCACCACGGGUCAUCUGGGCCCAAGCAUGGUCCCUGUCACUGACCAACAUGCCACCUAUGUUGACACGGGCGAGACUUUUUCCGAUAACGACCAAAUGAUUAUCGAAUUCCUUUGGGAUACUUGCAUUCGUACCCCAGUCGACAAUAGAUACCGAACGAUCUACAACUCGGUCGCUUCGAUCAUCAUUCGGGCUAUUGGAGCCUAUCCCAAGCUUCGACUUGAACGCAAGAUUGGCCGACUGUUAAUGCAGGAGCUGGGUGUCAUCACCCCAUGGGCAGACGCUUUUGAUCAUGAUGUUGAAUAUCCAAUGCCUGGCGUUCCUGGCUCUCACGACCUGGUCCGCCUCUAUGAAGAUGCCCAAGCAAGUUGUGAAGCUGCGUGGCCGCUCGGCUCGCACCCCAAAUACCAACCGGAGCUUGAUUCGAUGGCUUCUCUACGUCGCAAUUUCGAUCUGCCCGCACUCUGUGUGGACAGCGUCGACACCAGCAUGCGGGAUGAUGCUUAUUCACUAGAGCCCAAUCCAACCAUUCCUGGUACCUAUUGGAUCCAUGCCCAUAUCUCGCAUGUCUCGGCUUUUAUCACACCGGAUCAUCCCGCUGCUCAACUGGCAAGCCAGGUUUUGGAAACCUCCUACACAGCAACCCGUGUCAUGAUGAUGCUACCACAGACCGUAGCCCAGGCACUAAGUCUUGGAGCUGGCAGCCCUGCCAUGACCAUCAGCACCUUACUUAAUGAAGAGGGUGAAGUGUUGGAUAUCAAGAUACAACCCACCCUAUUAAAGAAUGUGGUCAUUCUAGACAGUAGCGCGGUUCAUAUGACGAUGGAAGAUAAGGUCUCAAACUAUGCAACCUUCGAGCUCGGUGACAUAACGGAUGGCAAUUUGUCAAAGGCCUCGAAAAAGCCAACUCAGGCCGCUCUAGAUGCCGCUCGAACCCAUCACGAGACACUGAAACAGAUUGACAGACUCAUGAGGAAGCGUAUUGCUACUCGCGAAAAGUUGGUGACUGAAAUUCCUGAUUGGCCAUUUCAACAGCACAAGGUAGAGGUGAGAUCGAACGUGAAGCCACACUUUCCAAUAGAUCAAGGUGGCCACAGUCGACACAUCCUUGAAGAGCCUGCUAUCUAUACCUUCGCCACCCCUUCUGUACAGAUCAUCCGCCAGAGGGACUCAAAUGAACAACAAGAUGUGACCGCUCGCGUCAUGUCUCUUGCGUCAGAGUCUGCUGGGAAGUGGUUUGCAGAUCGUAGUAUACCAGCCAUCUACCGAUGUGCGAUCCCCGACCCGGAUUUUCCCAUCUCCAAGCUCAACAAGCUCGACUUGGAUACAAAAAGAAUCCUUCCUCAUACGUUCUACUCAUCCACACCUCAGCCCCAUGCUAGCACGAACAUCGACACAUAUCUACGCUUCACCAGUCCAUUACGCCGCUACACUGAUCUCCUUGCGCAUUGGCAAGCAGAUGCGUACAUUAGAGCGGAAUCAAAAGCCGGACCAAAUUCCGCACCAAUAGAUCAGCUCCCCUUCUCUCACGAACUGAUAGAAAGGGAAGUGGUCCGGCUCAUGGAUUGGAGUAAAGUCAUCCUCAAGAAGAGUAGACAGCAGAGAACUUACUGGCAAUUAAGAGCUCUGUUUCGAGCGUUCCAUUUCAAGGAAGCGCAGUUGCCGAAGAGAUGGGAUAUGAUGGUAAGAAAUGUGAGCGCAAAAGCAAAACAGGGGGAGGAUGACACGUUGAUCCGCGGUAUGCUUCUUCCAUUUGGGUAUGAAACCGUUCUCCUGGAGUCGAGAAAGAAAUGGGAGGCUGAUGCCAGCGUCAACUGUUACCUACCGGUCCAAAUCGAACUAGUCGACCUGAGCGCUUCCGUGGUUCAUUGCAGAGCUAUCGGCCCUCCGCGGGAAACUCCUUUUUAUAAAAAGCCAUUGAGGAUUGUUUCGCGGUCUGCAGACUUGGAAAAUGCCACCGGACACUAG